GGGGGGGGGGGAACGGAGCGGAGCGGCUGUCAGCCGGGCGGCGGCAGGAUUCGGGAAUUGGUGCUAGGUCCCUAUCAGAAGAGUUCAUGUGAAGACUGCCCAUGGCCGGCCAAUGCCCGCAUGUGCUGAAGCCGUAGGACCCUGCUGGUUUGCUGUUUAAUCACCUGAAGAGCCCAGUUUUUCCCAUGAACCAUCUUUCACCUCUGGAAGAUAGAGGCGUCAGACACAUAAACAACAAGCACUUGUUGAACUUGGAGCUGACAUUCAGCAGGUGCAAAGUAGGUCAACAUGAGUGGCCUUGGGGACAGCUCGACAGACCCCGCCAACCCCGACUCACGGAAGAGGAAGGGCUCUCCGUGCGACACGGCCCAGAGCAAUGAAAAGCGGCGGCGGGAGCAGGAGAACAAAUAUUUGGAGGAGCUGGCAGAGCUGCUGUCUGCAAACAUUGGGGACAUCGACACUCUGAGUGUCAAACCAGACAAAUGCAAGAUCCUGAAGAAGACGGUUGAUCAGAUCCAGCAGAUGAAGAGGUUGGAGCAAGAGAAAGCAGCUGAUGAUGAAGUCCAGAAGUCUGACAUCUCAUCCAGCAGCCAGGGAGUGAUUGAGAAGGAGUCGCUGGGACCUCUUCUGCUGGAGGCAUUGGAUGGCUUCUUCUUUGUCGUGAAUCGUGAAGGGAGGAUCGUCUUUGUCUCUGAGAAUGUCACCAGCUACCUGGGGUACAACCAGGAGGAGCUCAUGAACACCAGUGUCUACAGCAUCCUGCACGUGGGGGAUCACACCGAGUUUGUCAAGAACUUGUUGCCCAAGUCUCUAGUGAAUGGAGUUCCCUGGCCUCAGGAAGCCACCCGACGCAACAGCCACACAUUCAGCUGCAGGAUGCUGAUCCGGCCGCCCGAUGAGCCUGGCACUGAGAACCAGGAGGCUCGCCAGCGCUACGAGGUGAUGCAGUGCUUCACCGUUUCGCAGCCCAAGACGUUCAAGGAGGAAGGAGAAGAUUUCCAGUCCUGUCUGAUAUGCAUUGCGAGAAGGUUACCUCGACCAGCAGCUGUCACCCCUUCCGAAUCCUUCGUGACCAAGCAAGACACCACAGGUAAAAUCAUCUCCAUCGACACCAGCUCCCUGAGAGCUGCCGGCAGGACGGGUUGGGAAGAUUUAGUGCGGAAAUGCAUCUAUGCUUUCUUCCAGCCUCAGGGCAGAGAGCCAUCUUAUGCCAAGCAACUCUUUCAAGAAGUGAUGACACGUGGCACAGCCUUCAGCCCAUCUUAUCGAUUCACCCUGAGCGACGGGACGGUGCUCAGCGCCCACACCAAGUGCAAGCUCUGCUACCCCUCCAGCCCAGAAGUGCAGCCCUUCAUCAUGGGCAUCCACAUCAUUGACAGGGAUCACGGCAUGCUGUCCUCCCAGGAGAACACUAACUCAGCCAUGGCCCUUCCACGGGUCAGCCCCUCUCUGAACCCCAACAUCUCUCCAGGGCAAGGCAUGGCCCUGCCGCCCUCCAUCCCUCCCUCCAAUGGCAGCAUGCUGGCCACCCCUGGCAACCAGCAGCCCGGUGCCGGCCUCCACAGCAGCAACUCCAGCACCAGCCAAACGACCUUCGGCUGUUCUCCUGGGAACCAGAUAGGAGCCAAUGUUGCCUUAAGCCAGGGACAAGCCGGUCCCCCGAACAGUAACCACAAUUUAAACCUCAAUAGCUCCCCCAUGAACAGCCCAGGGAUCACCCCGCCACAAUUCAUGUCUCCUAGGCACCGGGUCAGCCCAGGACUGGUCCCCCGGCCCCGGGGACCCAGCAAUCCCUUCUCCCCCACCAUGCCCACCAUGCACUCCCCCGUGGGCAUGGCCAACAGCGGCGGGGGCGGCAACGGUGGCGGCGGCGGCGGCGGCUCCAGGUCCUUUCCCACCGCUCCCAUGAACUCUUUGCAGGGGCUUAGCGAAGGUGCCAGCACACCGGUGGGCUACUCCACGCCACCCCCUGUGCUGAGACAGCUGGGCUCCCAGAGUUCGCCCGGCCGCCUCGGCAUGCAGCCCAUGAAAGCGGAGUCCAAGGACAGCAAGGAGAUCGCCUCCAUCCUGAGUGAGAUGAUCCAGUCUGAUGGCGGUGCAGGCGACGGCAAACCGCUGGACUCGGGUGUGCUGCAUGCCAGCGAGAGGCUCACGGAGGGGGAGAGCAAGUGCUCCCAAUCCACCAGCCACAAGCUGGUCCAGCUGCUGGCCAGCACGGCCGAGCAGCAGCUUCGGCACGUGGAUGCGGACACGAGCUGCAAGGAUUCAUUGGCCUGUGCGGGCACCACGAGCACACUGGGUGCCGGCAACCCGCCGAGCAGCACCUGUCCCUCCUCCCAUAGCUCGCUGACCGAGCGGCACAAGAUUUUGCAUAGACUCCUUCAGGAGGGCAGCCCUUCUGACAUCACCACCUUGGCCAUGGAGCAUGACAAAAAGGAUAACGUCCCCAACCCUGCCACCACCCCCACAGCCCCGAGCCAGCUGCCGGGCACCCCGGACAUCAAGCUGGAGUCGGAUGCGAUGAAAAAGAAAGAUGUCAAGGAUCACCAGCUCCUGCGCUACCUGCUUGAUAAGGACGAGAAGGAGCUCGCCGCCGCCCCAGCCCUCAGCCUGGAUGACGUGAAGGUGAAGGUGGAGAAGACAGAGCAGAUGGAGCCCUGCAACACCACCCCGGUGCCGCUGGCCAAGCCGCCGGCCACAGAGGAGGUCAAGCUGGAGUCACAAGGCCAGUUUGCUGCCGAACUGGAGCAGCUGGACCAACUCCUGCCAUCACUGGAGAAAGCUGCCCAGCUGCCAGGCUUGUGUGGGCCGGAGAGGAGUGAGAGCGGCGUGGCUGUCAAACCCGAAAUGCUGGCAGCCCCCCUGCAGCCCAGCACUGCCCCCAGAGCCCCCGCCGGCCUCAACCCUAUCAGCAGCGGGCAGGGCAUGCAGGCAGCUCGUGCCCCCUUUGAGUUCUGUGACCCACUGGAGCCAGCUCAGCUGAGGCCAGUUGCUUUCCCCGCAACCAACGGCAGCAGCCCGCGGCCCCGAGCGCCGGCCGAGCAGGGCAGGGGCACUGUGCCGGGACCAAACCCCUUCCCACCUGACACAGGGAUGUCAGAGCUGGAGAUGGGGGUGCCAGAUCACCAGUUUGGGCAGCCAGGCAUGGGUGAGCAGAUCCCAUGGACAGAUAACAGCAUGGCACCCAUGAACCGAAGCACGCUGAGUAAACCUGAAGACCCCUGCAUCACCUCGCAGCUGGACGAGCUCCUGUGUCCUCCCACCACCCCGGAGGGCCGCAACGAUGAGAAGGCACUGCUGGAGCAGCUCGUGUCCUUCCUGAGCGGCAAGGAUGAGACGGAGCUGGCUGAGCUGGACCGGGCCCUUGGCAUUGACAAACUGGUGCAGGGCGGCGGGCUGGAAGCCCUGACAGAACGGUUCCAGCCUCAGCAAGCCACCCCUCCUCUGAUGAUGGAGCAGAAGCCUGGCAUGUACCCCCAGCCUUACUCCUCAGCAUCUCCCACCACCAACCUCCCUGCCGCCUUCCCCGGCAUGGUCCGGCAGAAGCCGUCCUUCGGUCCCAUGCCGGUUCAGGUCCCGCCGCCGCGCGGUGCCUUCCCCACCACCAUGGCCAUGCAGCCCCGGCAGACGCUCAGCCGACCCCCCACGGCUCCCAACCAGCUGCGACUUCAGCUGCAGCAACGGCUGCAGGGCCAGCAGCAGCUGAUCCAUCAGAACCGGCAGGCGAUCCUCAACCAGUUUGCAGCCAGCUCCCCCGUGGGCAUCAACAUGAGGGCAGGCAUGCAGCAGCAGAUGACCCCGCAGCCUCCCCUCAACGCCCAGAUGCUGGCCCAGCGUCAACGCGAGCUCUACAGCCAGCAGCACCGGCAGCGGCAGCUCAUGCAGCAGCGAGCCAUCCUCAUGAGACAGCAGAGCUUUGGCAACAACCUCCCACCCUCAGCCGGGCUCCCGGUGCAAAUGGGGGCCGCCCGCCUCCCCCAGGCUCCCCCACAGCAAUUCCCUUAUCCCCCCAACUACGGUACGAGCCCCGGGAACCCUCCCACCUCCACCAGCCCCUUCUCGCAGCUGGCGUCCAGCCCUGAGGCUGCGUUGGCCAACCGUGGUGGCAUGGUGACCAGGGGGAUGAUGGGCAGCGUCGGAGGGCAGUUCGGUGCCGGGAUGACGCCGCAGAUGCAGCAGAACAUCUUUCAGUAUUCGGGAUCAGGCAUGGGUCAGCAGAAUGAGCCCGCCUUCGCCCCCUCGCUCAGCCCCAGCAGUCCCCUGAUGUCACCACAGCUCCCUCCAUCACAAAGCCCAAUGCUGCAGCCAGCACCGCCUGCACCGGGCUAUCAGUCACCCGACAUGAAGACCUGGCAGCAGGGAGCCAUGGGGAACAGCAGUGUAUUCAGCCAAACGGGGCAGACCCAGCCAGCACCAGCCCAGCAGGGAAUGUACAACAACAUGAGCAUCACGGUCUCCAUGGCAGGAGGAAACACCAACGUCCAGAACAUGAAUCCCAUGGCAGGACAGAUGCAGAUGAACUCGCUGCAGAUGCCUGGGAUGAACUCCAUGUGCUCAGAACAGGUAAACGACCCGGCGCUGAGACCCACGGGCCUUUACUGCAACCAGCUUUCCUCCACUGACCUUUUGAAAACAGAAGCAGAUGGGGCGCAGCAGGUACAGCAGGUUCAGGUGUUUGCCGACGUGCAGUGUACAGUGAAUCUGGUAGGAGAUCCCUACCUGAACCCGCCGGCUCCCCUGGGCGCCCCGAAAGCCGCCGCGGUGCCGCCGACCCCGCAGGGCCAACAGAAGAGCCUUCUUCAGCAGCUACUGACUGAAUAAAACCGCUUUUCGAGGAAUGUGACACACACACAAAAAAAAAAGAAAAAAAAAAAAAGAAAA